AAAGGGACUAAGUAAAUCAAUUAACUCCACAGUUUUCAAAAAGGUCUCUUGAUAUCAAAACUUUUUCCUUACAUGCUUCUCUGAUCCUGUGGAGAUGAAAAUUGACAUCCAUAGUCAUAUUCUACCAAAAGAAUGGCCAGAUCUAAAAAAGAGGUUUGGCUAUGAAGGCUGGGUGCAGCUCCAACACCACAGCAAGGGAGAAGCAAAGUUGUUGAAAGAUGGGAAGGUCUUCAGAGUGGUGCGAGAGAAUUGCUGGGAUCCAGAAGUUCGUAUUAGAGAAAUGGAUCAAAAAGGAGUAACAGUGCAAGCCCUUUCCACAGUUCCUGUCAUGUUUAGCUACUGGGCCAAACCUAAGGACACUUUAAACCUGUGCCAGCUUUUAAACAACGACCUUGCCACCACCGUUGCGAGCUACCCCAGGAGGUUUGUGGGUCUGGGAACGUUGCCCAUGCAGGCCCCUGAGCUGGCGGUCCAGGAGAUGGAGCGCUGUGUGAAAGAGCUGGGCUUUCCUGGGGUCCAAAUUGGCACCCAUAUCAACGAGUGGGACCUGAACGCGCGGGAGCUUUUUCCUGUCUAUGCGGCAGCUGAAAGGCUGAAGUGUUCUCUGUUCGUGCAUCCCUGGGACAUGCAGAUGGAUGGACGAAUGGCCAAAUACUGGCUCCCUUGGCUCGUAGGAAUGCCAGCAGAGACCACCAUAGCCAUUUGCUCCAUGAUCAUGGGUGGAGUAUUUGAGAAGUUUCCUAAACUGAAAGUGUGUUUCGCACAUGGCGGUGGUGCCUUCCCCUUCACAGUGGGAAGAAUCUCCCAUGGAUUCAGCAUGCGCCCAGAUCUGUGUGCCCAGGACAACCCAAUGAACCCGAAGAAAUACCUUGGUUCCUUUUACACAGAUGCUUUGGUUCAUGAUCCUCUGUCCCUCAAGCUGUUAACAGAUGUCAUAGGAAAGGAUAAAGUCAUUUUGGGAACCGAUUACCCCUUUCCAUUAGGUGAGCUGGAACCUGGGAAACUAAUAGAGUCCAUGGAAGAAUUUGAUGAAGAAACAAAGAAUAAACUCAAAGCCAGCAAUGCCCUGGCAUUUUUGGGUCUUGAGAGAAAACAAUUUGAAUGACUGAAUUUACUACAAUGGCAAACUUUCAAAAGGAUAUUUCAUUUUUGUUUCUAAAUAUGUAUCAACAGGUAUUAACAAAACCCUAUUUUGAACUGUUUUACUCAGAAAUAGAAUCUCCAAAAUAUCCUAAAUUAUUCAUAAUAAAAAUGAUUCAUAAGUGUUUUCAUUCUGAAAA